UUAUAAAAGUCUGGCCGACAUUCAAGCUGGUUCUGACAGUCUAGUCAUGAUGGGGAAGCUGGGGAUUUUGGUUGCUGUUGUGGUGUUUCUGGAGACGGUCUCUGCGACCUCUCUUGGGGUGGUUUACACCGAGGGAGGGAUGGUGCAGGGCGAGAACAUUCGUCUUGGGUUCCGUCGCCACAUGGACGUCUUCAGGGGGAUUCCCUUUGCUGACAUCCCUGGAAGGUUUGAGAAACCAAAGCGUCACCCUGGCUGGGAUGGUGUCCUGAAGGCCACUGAGUUCAGGAAGAGAUGCAUUCAGGUGAACGUUCUCAUGACUGACACCAGAGGAAGUGAGGACUGUCUUUACCUUAACAUCUGGGUUCCUCAUGGCCGCUCAGUUUCCACAGAUCUGCCCGUUAUGGUCUGGAUCUAUGGAGGAGGCUACCUGGCAGGAGGAUCGAUGGGUGCAAACUUCUUGAACAACUAUCUGUACAGCGGGCAGGAGAUUGCAGACAGAGGAGAUGUUAUUGUGGUGACUCUGGGCUAUCGUGUGGGAACUCUUGGCUUCCUAAGCACUGGAGACUCUAGUUUGCCUGGAAAUUACGGUAUGUGGGACCAGCAUGCAGCCAUCGCCUGGGUGCACAGGAACAUUCGCUCUUUUGGAGGAGAUCCUGACAAUAUGACCAUCUUUGGAGAGUCUGCAGGUGGAGCUAGUGUUAGUUUCCAGACACUCACUCCUCACAACAGAGGGCUGUUCAAGAGAGCCAUCUCCCAGAGUGGAGUCGCCCUUUGCCCAUGGGGCGUAAACAGGAACCCCCGCAGGUUCGCUGAGGAGGUUGCACUGAAGGUCAACUGCCCCACCAAUGAAAAUAUGGUCGCCUGUUUGAAGAUGACUGAUCCUGCGCUCCUAACGUUGGCCGGCUCUCUCAAACUGUCCAGCUCACCCGAUUACCCCCUCGUACACAACCUGGCCCUGUCUCCUGUGAUCGAUGGCGACUUCCUGCCUGAUGAGCCUUACAACCUUUUCCACAAUGCUGCUGAUGUGGACUACAUCGCUGGAGUCAACGACAUGGAUGGACACAUCUUCACUGGUUUAGAUGUUCCUUCAAUCAACUCCCCUCUGGUGGACACCUCUAUUGACGAUCUGAAGAGGCUUCUGCGAUCCUACACUAAGGAGAAGGGCCAGGCUGGUUUGGACCAUGCCUUCUCCACAUACACCUCAACCUGGGGAUCAAAUCCCAACAGGGAGACUAUCAAAAAAACUGUGGUGGAGAUUGGAACAGACUACAUCUUCUUGGUUCCAACACAGGCUGCCCUCUACCUUCAUGCUGCCAACGCCACAACUGGUCGUACGUACUCCUACCUGUUCUCUCAGCCCAACCGUAUGGGCGGCAUUGGCAGGCCCUACCCCAGCUGGAUGGGAGCCGACCACGCUGAUGACCUGCAAUAUGUGUUUGGAAAGCCUUUCGUCACACCACUGGCAUACUGGCCUCGCCACCGUGAUGUCUCUGGCUACAUAAUCGCCUACUGGACCAACUUCGCCAAAACUGGAGAUCCCAACAAAGGAGGACUGCGUGUGCCCGUUACCUGGCCCAAAUUCACCAGCACUGGACACCAGUACCUGGAGAUCAAUUCUAAAAUGGACAAGAACUAUGUCAGACAGAAGAUGAGAAUGCGUUAUGUGCAUUUCUGGACCAGCGUCCUGCCCAACUUACCUAUAAACUUCUCAGAAUAAAGAGCUUUUGCAAUCACCUGUGCACCUGCACUUUGGACAUGCAGGUCUAAAGUAUCACGUCAGUAUUGGUUCAUGAAAAAUAAAUUGGUGAUGAAUAAGUAUUGUA